AUGGGAUGUCUUUGCUCUAAAGAUAGAAACAGGAUAGAUGAAAACAAAUACAGAUUCAGAGGUUAUGGUGACAUGGUUACUAUGAGAGAUACUGAUGAUUAUUUAGUAACCACUGAAGAUUCCAUAAAUUCGGUUGGAGAUCAAGGAAGCACUAGUUAUUAUUAUGGAGGGGGCGGUGGUAGAAACAAAUACAAGAGCAGUGAAGGAUUUCAAAGUAUGCAUACAAGUAGUCAUGUCCAACAAUAUCAUGCCUUUGAAGGCAGUUCCAACAGAGGGAGAGGUGGUGGCAGAGACAAAGGCGUUGGCAUGGUUACUAUGUUAGGUACUGCCGCUGCUAUAGCAACAAUAGAAGAUGCCAUAGCUUCAGAUGGAGAUCAAGGUAGCACCGGUCAUUAUAGUGAUUACGGUGAUUAUGGUGAUUAUGGAGGGGGCAGUAACGGCAGCGACAAUAACUACGGCAACAACAAUGGUGGAAAUGGCGACGACAACAGUGGUAGCAAUGAUGAUGGAAGGUGGUCCGGCGGUGCUAGUUGUGGAGGUAGUGACUAA